AUGUUUGAAAUAUCGUUGUUUGGAAAAUUAUUGUCAACGUUCAGUCAUUCUUAUCAUUUGAAUAAUACAGUGGAUCGUUUGCAUUGGAAUAUUACAACAAUUGUUUUAAUUCUAUGCGUUUUGUUUAUUGGUGCGGAACAACAAUUUGGACAACCAAUACAAUGUAUGCUUCCAACACAUCUCGAUCAAAAUUCUUGGACCGAUUAUGGACAAUAUUAUUGUUUCACUCAAAAUACUUAUCGUUUGACAGAUAAUCAAACAUUACCGAGUGCAAGUAAUCGAGCAAAACUUCAUUUAAAUGUAAAUUAUUAUCAGUGGGUACCAUUUUUUCUCACAAUUCAAGCAUUGUGCUUCUACAUACCUGGUUGGCUAUGGAUGAUGUUACAACGUGGAUGCAUUUUUGACAUGGAAGCUGUGGUUCGUGAAGCUAUAUGCUUGAGAACAAUGUUCAAAUUUGAAGGUCGAAUAACGAGGCUAACAAAUUUAGUCAAAUAUAUUGCUUCUGGUCUGAAAAUGAAGAUAAAAAUGGAUAGGGGUAGAACAGUCGGUUUUUUUCUCUUUUUGUCAGUUUAA